GUCAGACCUUGCGAAGUUGGGCAAACAGGCUCCAGCGCCUCCGCGGCGGAUCAAGCCCCCCGAGGAGUUUCGGAGGCGAUGCAGGCUGGUCCUGUCAAAGAUGGCGGCACAGAAGAUGGACGAGGACCACGCGCUUCUACAGAGUAGCUUACUCUGCCGCUGGAAGCUAGCCAUCCUACGCUCUCGAUGCUUGGGCGCCAACGGGGGACUCCGCAUGCACGGCCAGCACGUCGCCAAUUGCCACAACGUCGCCAGCGCUUUCCGACGCUGGAGGCUUUUGCUCCGGCGCAGCUCGCGGUGGCGAGGCACUGCCGGCCUGGUAGUGGUGGAGGGCCUUCGGCCCACGCGGCGGCGGUGUGCCGCCAUGCCGGCGCUGGCUUCGGGGCCCUGGCUGCUUCUGCUCCGCAGGGCCUGUUUUGCCGCCUGGGCUCAGGGUGGCCAACCGAGGCGCCGGCGCCUCAGCCCGGCAGAGCGCGCCGUGCGCCUCAGGGGGGCGCUGCUUUGGGAGUUGAGGUUCCGUGUCAACGAACUUCACGACGAGAUUCUGCAGGCUGAGUUCGAGGUCGAGGUGGCGAAGCGCGACCGACGAUUGCGCCGAGGCAUUGCCAGCCUGGGUCGGAGUUUGCGUGCUGAUUCCACGCCGGUGUCGUCGAGGCACUUGCUGACUCUGUCGCUACUUCGUUGGGCCACACAGGCACGCCGCUGGCGGCUCGGCCACCUGCGCACCGGGCCGAAACGGAUGCUGCAGGAGGCGCUCUCCUGCCGCCUGGUUUGGUCCUGCUUCGUGGCGUGGCGCAUGCUUAUGGAGACGACUCCGAAGGCUCAGGCGCUGCAGCUGCUCCGAGCAGCUCGGUCACUGGGUGCCUUCGACCUGUCCAUCCUCCGGGUGUAUCCCGAGCUCACGCUGACGGGGCUGGUGGCGCAGCAGGUCCAGCUCCUCGAUCUGGGGGCGGUGCUGCAGCACUGCCUCCUGCAAGACCAGGCAAAGCUCCCCCUGGCCCUGGACGCCAGCGCCUUUCCGUGCCGUCAGGGCCGUUACGCCGAGCUGCUGCGGCGUUUAGCCUUCCGCGGCUGGCGAGGGUCGGCACGCGCGCCUCCCAAGCGCGCGUGGCCAGAGGUCCCUGCAGAAACCCUGGUGCUUCGUGAGACCUUCGCCUCCUGGCGCAGCCAGCGCCUACUGCGGGAGGUGUCGCGGCACAGAGAUGUCGUGCGACUCUUGGAGAAGGACCUGGAGCGCUUCCGCGGGCACCAGUGGGACGCCGGGGCCGAUGCCUUUGACGAGUUUGGGCUAAUGUCACUGCUGCGGGGGCUCGAGUCUUGA